GCUCCGCGCGCUUCGGGGCAGAAACCCGGAGACACCGUCGCCGACUUCGCUCCUGCUGCUAGCGUUUCUGCCGUUGCCUUCGACCCCCUUAGCUCUCUCCCGGUUCGUGGCCCUACGCGGGGUGCUCUUGCCGAACCCUGUUGGGGGGUGCCGCGAGCCUCAUUCCCCUCCCCUCCCCGGUAGCGGCAUGUCUGGGCCCCGGCCCCGACGCCAGCCGUAAGCCUCCCGCCUAGCCCAACUGUCUGGACUCGCUACUCAAGCGCUGUCUUCUUUCCCAGGACUGCUUCUGAGGGGACCUCGGGUUCGCACGCUCGCCCCGCGCCGGAGCGCCCCGGCGCGGCCAGGGAGCGGCCCCUUGUAGAGGUCUAGGGAGCCUCCCGAGGUCCGUGCGGGCGCCCUGCGUCCGACCCUCCCACCGUUCGGCCCACCGGCCCGCUUCUUCCUGAUGCAGACUGCCGUCCACUAGAGGCUGGACAGGACCCCCGAGGUGAUUCAUGGCAGGGGACGUGGAAGGUUUCUGUUCUUCUCUCCAUGACACCAGUGUCUCUGCUGGGUUCAGAGCACUGUAUGAGGAGGGAUUACUUCUCGAUGUCACUCUUGUUAUUGAAGAUCAUCAGUUCCAGGCCCAUAAAGCACUCUUGGCCACCCAAAGUGAUUACUUCAGAAUUAUGUUCACUGCAGACAUGAGGGAACGAGAUCAGAACAAAAUUCAUUUAAAAGGUCUAACAGCUACCGGUUUCAGCCACGUUCUUCAGUUUAUGUAUUAUGGAACUAUAGAACUGAGUAUGAAUACUGUUCAUGAAAUCCUUCAGGCGGCAAUGUAUGUUCAGCUUAUUGAAGUGGUGAAGUUCUGCUGUUCUUUCCUAUUAGCCAAAAUCUGCUUAGAAAAUUGUGCAGAAAUUAUGAGACUCUUAGAUGAUUUCGGUGUUAACAUCGAGGGAGUCAGGGAGAAGCUGGACGCUUUUCUGCUAGACAACUUUGUGCCACUCAUGUCCAGGCCUGACUUCCUGUCCUAUCUGAGCUUUGAGAAGCUCAUGUCUUAUCUGGAUAAUGAUCAUCUGAGCAGGUUUCCAGAAAUUGAGCUGUAUGAGGCUGUGCAGUCUUGGCUGAGACAUGAUAGACGACGAUGGAGACAUACAGAUACCAUCAUUCAGAACAUCAGGUUUUGUUUGAUGACUCCAUCCAGCAUUUUUGAGAAGGUUAAGACAUCAGAAUUUUAUAGAUAUUCUCGACAGCUACGCUAUGAAGUUGACCAAGCAUUGAAUUACUUCCAGAACAUUCACCAGCAGCCCUUGUUAGACAUGAAAUCAAGCCGUAUUCGUUCUGCCAAACCACAAACUACAGUAUUCCGAGGAAUGAUUGGACAUAGCAUGGUUAAUAGUAAAAUACUUCUUCUAAAGAAACCAAGAGUCUGGUGGGAACUGGAAGGCCCCCAAGUACCUCUGAGGCCAGACUGCCUUGCUAUUGUCAAUAAUUUUGUAUUCCUGUUAGGUGGAGAAGAACUAGGCCCAGAUGGCGAAUUCCAUGCAUCUUCAAAAGUGUUCAGGUAUGAUCCAAGACAAAAUUCUUGGCUGCGCAUGGCAGACAUGUCUGUACCCCGUUCAGAAUUUGCUGUUGGUGUUAUUGGGAAAUUUAUUUAUGCUGUAGCAGGCAGAACAAGAGAUGAGACUUUCUACUCGACAGAAAGAUAUGAUAUCGUUAAUGAUAAAUGGGAAUUUGUAGAUCCUUAUCCAGUUAACAAAUAUGGACAUGAGGGGACAGUACUCAAUAACAAAUUGUUUAUCACUGGAGGAAUCACUUCGUCUUCCACAUCUAAACAAGUAUGUGUGUUUGAUCCCAGUAAAGAAGGGACCAUAGAACAGCGGACCAGGAGAACUCAAGUAGUCACCAAUUGCUGGGAAAAUAAGAGCAAGAUGAAUUAUGCCAGAUGCUUUCACAAGAUGAUAUCUUAUAAUGGCAAGCUUUAUGUCUUCGGUGGUGUCUGUGUGAUCUUGAGGGCCUCUUUUGAAUCUCAGGGCUGCCCUUCUACAGAGGUGUACAACCCAGAUACUGAUCAGUGGACCAUCUUGGCAUCCAUGCCAAUUGGUAGAAGUGGCCAUGGUGUGACUGUGCUUGACAAACAAAUAAUGGUCCUUGGAGGGCUUUGUUACAAUGGUCAUUACAGUGAUUCCAUUCUCACCUUUGACCCAGAUGAAAAUAAGUGGAAGGAAGACGAAUAUCCUCGAAUGCCCUGCAAGCUGGAUGGUUUACAAGUGUGCAACCUACAUUUUCCGGACUAUAUAAUGGAUGAGGUUAGGCGUUGCAACUGAUGUCAUCUUUCUCCCUAAAAAUAAAAAGGCAAACAAAGCAUUUGUAAUAAAGUAGUUUAAAAGCAUAAAGAAAAACCUCACCAGUUUUCCUAUCAAAGCCAUUGGUCUAAUAUUGUAAGUUUUCAUUCUGUGCUAGCAUCUUUUUCCUUUGAGUGACCUCAGACUCAUGCAAUAAGUUCAUUUAAAGCACUAGCUCUUGAAACUACUUCCAAAAGCAGUUUAUACUUCUCCACUUACCUGGGAAGUGUAUUUUUCUGCUUUAAACAUUUCUUCCAGAUGUUAGUGUAGGAUUUGUGCAUCUUCUAAGAGAAGACCCAGUAAGUGUCACUGGAUGUGAUUUCAGUCUCUGUCUGUCUGAACUCGUUUUAGACAUUGUUUUAGUCUGCUAUAUGUUUUGGUUUAUUAUUUAAAAGUUUAAAACUCUUGACCUUUUUGCAUGGCUUUUGCUGAAAAUGCAAAAAUUUAAAUUUUCUACAAAAGUUUUUUAUAUCAGAACACUAUUUCUAAGCUGCCUUCUCUUAUCUGCAUUGUGUUAGUGAAAGCAUAUCCAUACUCGCGCAAUCCUAUAAAUAUAUAAGGCAUAUCCCUUUUAUGCGUGAUUAGGAUUCUAUAUUUUUAAGCUAGUGCACUUGCACACACAGUUCGCCAUACUUGUUGAAAUUUAGAUGUAAUGUCGUUACUGUAUUAAUGUUUUUAGAAAGUUAAAAUAACUGGAGUCCUCAUUCAGUAUCAAAGUAGUCUAUCUUCAGUCCAUACUAGUUCAGUAAAAUUUGAACUCAUAUUUCUGAAACAUGUAUGGAUAAAAAACUUUUACAUUUUGUUUUCAAAACUAAACAUUAAUAUUUCAUAUUAAUGUAUGUUUUUUCCUUGUUUGAAAAUGUUUUUCUUUACAGUCUGUUUAAUCUUGGUUACCCUGUUUUAGUGAGAAUCAGAGUGCUCUGUGUCAAGCUCUCAGCCUGCAGUGUGCAAGCACUUUUAAAGAAAAGUCAGGUACUACCCGACUCCUAAGUAAAAGCCUCGUAAAAGUAAGUGCAACUCCCAUAGUUUCUAUUCAGUAAGGCUGCUGCAGGUGGUGGAUGUGGGGCGGCAAUUCUUACACAGUUUGAGUCAGUUUCGACUGAGAGGUGAGAAAGGAGUUAUGAUGUUACUGGCUACAUCUGCUUAAUCACUUUGUACAAAAUAUUCAGUGGCACUAGAGAGAUAUGUUAACCCUCAGCGUCUUUUUAGUUUCUGGAAGCUACUAGCAUGAAGGAUAGUCACCUGAAAGUUUGAAAUGAAUCUUGAAUAGCUGUUUUAAUGGCGUUUAUAAUAAAUAGUUUAGGAUUAACUGCACAUUUCAACUCUUCAAAUGCAAAGGAACAAAAUAUAGCUGACAAAAUUAAGAGUGAUCCGUGUGAGUGGGUCAUUCAAAUUGAUGCCAUUUUCUCAUGAGCAAUCUGUAUCUGAUUAAAUCUUACACUGGCAUAGCCUGCCAGAUCUGUGGAUUUUGGUGCAAUAUUGCAAUGCCUUCUAUAUGGCUGCUGUUGUAUAAGUUUUUCUAGUUACUUUGUUUUGUUUUAUUUUUUGCUGCUGGCACCAUUGAACAUAAAAUGGAAGUGUGAAAUAAUGGAAAUGUGAAGAUUUUGGGUUUUUCUUCCCCUCCCCCCAUGCUGCAAAUCAGUGUGAAUAAGGCCUGAUUUUUCAAAACUGUAAAGCCAAGUGUUUGAGUUUUAGAAAGUGUCAGGUACACUUUCUAAAGAAAACCUUUUUUUCUUUCAGGAAUCAGAAUAGUGGCUUCUUUUGUGUGUGAUCCUUCCAUUUAUAUUAGGUGGCCUUUCAUUUAUUUCUGAUUUCUGAAAAUAAAAUUGAUAUUUGAGUUUCCCUUAGAAUGUGGUUAAAGGGUUUUUUUUAUUUUAAAAAUAAGUUUAAUUAUUUUGCUUUUUGAAACUAUAGGUUAGCCAUCUAUUUUUUUCUACUAUACUUAGAAGUUUAUUUGUGAGUCUUUAAAGAAAAUGUCUUCAUUAUUUUUCUUGAUAUCUUUUGUUGGAAAUGACCAAGAAGAGGAUAUCAGACAGGGUGCCCCUAUCAAAGGCUUUACACUCCAGUGGCAGUUCUCUUUAAUUGCUUUGAUACAACUUCAUAGUCCUGUGUAGAUCAACAUCUUCGUAAACAAUUGAAUAGUCUUGGUCUUCCAUUUGGAAUAUACAAGGCCAAGGUCAACGAUUGUUUCAGAAAAUUCAUGAUAUCUUAACUUGAACUAAUUCUGGGUUCAGCUUCACGUAAGUCAUGUCUGACUAUAAUCUUAGUAGUAAUCAGUUUUGAGCUUUAAGACUAGUUGCUAUUGCUUGGGUUCUGAAUGUAUGAGGAAAUCAUAGUUCUAAUUUAGAUUAUAAAUCCACAAAUAACUUACAUUCCCUUUUAAAAUUAUGGUUUAAUAGCUGCAAGAGAUUUAUUUUUGUUAUACUAAACUAUGAAAAUUUUUUCAUAGAAUUUUUUCAAACUUUUCUGUGCUUCAUUUGGAACCACUUUGUCUAUAUGCAUUGUAUACGAACAAGACUGUCAUUUUGAAAAACUCAGUAAGUGGUUUGAAAUGAUAUGGUUUAACUGUUAGAUUCUUUAAAUGUGUCAUCUUCCACUUUACAUUUUAAAUGGUAGACGUCACAAAAAAUAGUAAAUUUUCUUUAAUUGCCUUUUAGUUGGCACUACUUAUUUUCUUAAAUGUCUUUGACCUAAGUUUUGAUGUUAAAGAAAAUUCUUGCACUACAGCCUUUUCAUAGAAUACAAGAUUCUCGUGUUGAAGGUUUUGUAUUGGAAGAAAUGCUACUGGUUUCUAAAAGAAGCAUUAUAGAAUGAUUGACUUUCUUUGCUAACUUUUUCUGUGUCCUCCUCAUUGCUCUAUCUUGUAUGAGUGUUACUCUAAUUGUGAAAUACUUACUGAGCCCUUCUCGUAUCUUUUUUAAAGCAGCACCUUUGGACACCUCAUUCUGGGAAGCUUGCUUGAGUCACAAUAAAGGACACACACACUUGUGUGGGGAAGAAGUGGUAAAAUGGAGAGUUUUGUCUUAAUUACAUGAAACUAAGCUUUAAAAUAUUUUAUAACAAAUUAUUUGAGCUGCAUAAUCUAAACAUGUCAAACGUUUCGUGGGACUAUUUUUAUAUAUGUGUAUGUGGGUGUAGGUCAUAACAUUUCAGUUUAUAAUAGAAAUUGUUAUUUCAGUUUAUAAGCUAUCUCUCAAAAGAAACUAGCUCUUUUGAGAAUACAGAAUUUAAAGGUUUUAGAUUGAAGUAAAACAACAUAGACAAUAGUGUAAAUUAGAAAUAUUUGAGGGCUAUAUGGCAGUGGAACUGCUAGUGCCAGUUUUCUUGUUUGCCUACCAUGUUUUCAGUUUGUUGUUGUUGGGUUUUUUUUUGGUAUUCUGAACAUUUUGUGAGACCAUCCAUUUGUUUAAUUGCAUUUAGAGUCGGUUUGGGAAUAAAUAUCUUCUAAAAAGAGAUUUAUCUUAAAAAUUAAAGUCCUAAAAAUAGUUUAUUGAGAGUUUAUUACUUCAGAUACCCCAUAGGCAUGAACUGGAAUAGAUAAUUCAUGGAAAUCCCAUUCUUUUACUAUAUCAGUAUAGCUCCCAAUAUUAUGUGAAUAACAUUGAGAAUGUCAUUAGCUUUGUUCCCUCUUAAAAUUCUUGGGUUUUCUUUUGACUUCUUUGGGAACAACUGCAUUAAAAGUUACUAAUCAGUAUAUCAGUAAGGAUUGGGUGUUUGCUUUCUGAAGGAAUGUUCCUAAGAGGUGAUCAGAAAGAUUCUUUUCUACCUAACUUGUUUAUGCCCUAUACUCUUGGGCAUAAUUUGUCUAUAAAAAAUAUUUUGACCUUUAGGUACCUUUGGGGCCAGUAGUCAAAUAAUCCUAGAGCCGAUAUUAAAAUCUUAGGAUAAUUUAAGGUUUGCCUUUUAUACCUGUUUUGAAAGCCUUUACAUUUUUUGUCAGGUAAUUUUUCCCAAGCCGUGGAUAUAAUCUAUUCAACAUGUUUAUGCUAUCCAUUCUGUUUUUAAAUUGAAAAAAAGUUAAAAGUG